AUGAGGAAGAGUAGCGUUUCGAUAACAGAGGGUGAAAAGGAUUGUUCUGGUGGAUGGGGUGAAAUGAACGGGCCCGUAGUGAUAGUGAAGGAGAGUGAGGGAAGAACUGGCUUCGUGGAAGAGAAAAUGCUUGAGGUUGAAGAAGCGGGUGUCGUGAUAACUGUGACGGAUACCGCUGCCGACUUCGAAAUUUGGAAACUUUUCGAGGACGUGUAA